AUGGCGAAAGGCCCGGCAUUUGUAACCGGGCUUGUGAUCUUCUGUUUGUUAGAAGCUUUUGCUGAUGCAGAUUACAGACUCUACAGAGACCCGAAAAAGCCGAUAAAUCAAAGAAUAAAGGACCUGAUGAGAAGAAUGAGCUUGGAGGAGAAGAUAGGCCAGAUGGUGCAGAUAGAACGAACAGUGGCAUCGGCUGAGGUCAUGAAGAAGUACCAUAUAGCAGGGAGUGUGCUGAGUGGUGGAGGAAGCGGGCCCGGGCCCCAGGCGUCUCCCGAGAGGUGGGUGGAUAUGGUGAACGAGUUUCAGAAAGGGUCGUUGGCGACCCGUCUCGGCAUACCUAUGAUAUAUGGGAUUGAUGCAGUUCAUGGCCAAAAUACUGUUUACAAGGCCACAAUUUUCCCCCAUAAUGUCGGUCUUGGAGCUACUAGGCAAGUAAAUUUAGUCCUAAACCCUGAAUUGGUGAAGAAAAUCGGAGCUGCUACUGCGCUUGAACUUAGAGCAACCGGAAUACCUUACACGUUUGCACCUUGCAUUGCGGUCUGCAGGGACCCGAGAUGGGGCAGGUGUUACGAGAGCUACAGUGAAGAUCCAACGGUUGUAAAAGCCAUGACCGAGAUCAUACCAGGAUUGCAAGGAGAUAUACCGGCUAAUUCUCGUAAAGGAGUCCCUUAUGUUGGAGGACAAGACAAGGUAGCGGCUUGUGCCAAACACUACGUCGGUGAUGGUGGGACGAUCAGAGGCAUUAACUCGAACAACACAAUGACCAGCUUUCACAGUUUGCUUAGUAUUCAUAUGACGGCCUAUGAUGAUUCAAUCAUCAAGGGCGUGUCAACUAUUAUGGUCUCGUAUUCCAGCUUGAACGGGAUUAAAAUGCAUGCGAAUCGUGAUUUUAUCACUGGUUUUCUCAAGCAUACGCUGCGUUUCAGAGGAUUUGUCAUAUCAGAUUAUGAGGGCAUUGACCAAAUAACUUCUCCAAGUCAUGCCAACUACACAUAUUCAAUUCUAGCUGGAGUUGGUGCUGGCAUAGACAUGAUUAUGGUCCCAUUCAAUUACACGGAGUUCAUCAAUGGCCUAACUUUCUUGGUCCAACAUAACUUCAUCCCCAUGAGCCGGAUUAAUGAUGCCGUGAAAAGGAUACUAAGAGUUAAGUUCACAAUGGGUCUUUUCGAAAACCCACUAGCUGAUUAUAGCUUGACCGGGCACUUGGGCAGCAAGGAGAAUAGGGAGCUGGCAAGGGAAGCAGUUCGAAAAUCGCUUGUGUUGCUAAAGAAUGGGAAAUCUGGUGACGGCCCAAUUAUACCCCUCGUCAAGAAAACAUCGAAAGUGCUUGUAGCGGGCACCCAUGCUAACAACAUCGGAUACCAGUGUGGGGGUUGGACUAUUGAGUGGCAGGGCAAAAGUGGCAACAUCACAACUGGUACAACUAUCCUCACGGCCAUAAAGAACACAAUAGAUCAAGAAACCAAAGUUGUUCAUGUGGAAAAACCGGAGGCUGGAUAUGUGAACUCGGGAAACUUCUCUUAUGCCAUUGUUGUGGUGGGAGAAAAGCCGUAUGCGGAAGGAUCUGGAGAUAGCACUAACUUGACCCUGCCCGAAUCGAGUUAUACUACAAUCACAAAUGUGUGUGCCUCUGUAAAAUGUGUGGUCGUUUUAAUCACAGGCCGUCCGGUUGUGAUUCAGCCGUAUCUAUCACAAAUUGAUGCCCUUGUGGCGGCUUGGCUACCGGGGACCGAAGGCCAAGGGGUGGCUGAUGUUUUGUUUGGUGACUAUGGUUUUAGCGGGAAACUGCCUCGUACUUGGUUUAAGACCGUCGACCAACUCCCGAUGAACAUUGGCGAUGAGGACUACGAUCCGUUGUUCCCCUUUGGUUUUGGGCUUACAACAGAAUCCAUGGAGGUUUGUUAG